AUGUCGAUUCAUGAUUCCGCAAAUACUUCGAACGAGAGAAUCGAAACAGUGCGGAACUUUCCUACAUCUCAUGCGAUAACCAACACUCAAUGGUAUGAUGUUUCCAUGUGUGAACCAUACUUUGAGCCGCUAAAUGCUACCCUCCGUUAUCAACACCAGCUACCGCAGUCAGGUACGAAAGGCUCGGGAUAA